AUGUCAUCAUCAAUUUACAAGAAAUGCCAGCACAACAAUAAAAAAACAACAACAACAACAACUGUAUUUAUUACUAAAUGUGGCUUUCCUCUCUACUUUCUUCUGUUUUUUAUUAAGGUCACAUGCAGGAAAGUGCAUGGAGAAGCCACAGAGCUCAUCGAGUGGCAGGACAGUGAUAACGGACACAAGACUUCUCCCAUGGGGGCCAGUCCACGGAUUCUCAACCCCCUGAGAUUGUUUGCCAGGGGCUCCCCCGAGCUCAAGAGCAACACAAGGGAAAUGACAUAUUUACAGAACAUGGAUGACUUUUGGGACUGGUUAUCUAACCAGACAGAUGUUCAGGGUGCACAGACCAGAACUAAGCGCAGACCCAUCGUCAAGACUGGCAAGUUCAAAAAAAUGUUUGGGUGGGGGGACUUCCACUCCAACAUCAAAACCGUCAAACUCAACCUCCUGAUCACAGGGAAGAUCGUGGACCAUGGAAAUGGCACUUUUAGCGUUUACUUUCGCCACAACUCCACAGGAAUGGGGAAUGUGUCUGUAAGCCUGGUGCCACCUUCAAAGGUUGUGGAGUUUGAGAUCGCCCAGCAGUCCACGCUGGAGACCAAAGACACCAAAUCGUUCAACUGUCGCAUCGAAUACGAGAAAACAGACCGCAACAAGAAAACCGCCCUGUGCGGCUAUGACCCAUCCAAGGUGUGCUAUCAGGAGCAUACGCAGAGCCACGUGUCAUGGCUGUGCUCAAAACCCUUCAAAGUCAUAUGCAUCUAUAUAGCCUUUUAUAGUGUAGACUACAAACUGGUGCAGAAGGUAUGCCCUGACUACAACUACCACAGCGACACACCUUACUCUUCCACAGGAUGACCUAGUUGUUGUAGAUGCAUCCGCGUUGUUUUACCUUCAAACUAUAAUGUCAA